AUGUCGCCGCCGCCAGAGGACCAGUACGAUGUCUACCCCGUACAUUUGGGUGAUGCCGCCUCGAUGAAUGAGAAGUUUGUUUCCUGGCUGUUUAGAUUCAACGAUGUUUUAGACGUGGAUAAACUCCAUCUCGCGCUUACGCGGUUGCUGGAGCAUGGCGACUGGCGAAAGCUCGGCGGCCGCCUUCACAGAAGCACCGACGGAAAGUUGGAGCUGCGCGUUCCGCAAAGCUUCACUGACGACCAGCCAGCUGUCGCCUUUACAAAACAAGACUUUUCAUCCGUGAACCUCAACGACCAUAAUUUAGCCAAGCACUUGCCCGAACCCCGCGAUGCGGCCUACUCUCAAUCUAUCGCGGGAGACAUGGACUUUCGAAGUUUCGCCGUACCGAAAGGCUUUCCAUCUGACAUGAAACAAUUCGUGGCGACGAAGGCACCGCAGAUCGCGCUGCUCACUACCUCGUUCAAAGAUGCUACGCUGGUGUCUGUUGUUUGGCCGCAUACAUUAUUCGACGGCGUCGGACUUACUCACCUUUUACAUGGCUGGUCGCUGCAGCUAGCUGGCAAAGGCGACGAAAUAUCGCCCGUUCUUGGCGCCAAAGAAGAUGUCCUUGAUGCACUUGACAACGACACACAGCUUGCGGGAGGGACCUUUGCCGGCCCCAAACUUGUGAGCGGACUAGAUCUGGUUCUUUUCAUUGUCUUCUUUCUAUGGCACAGGCUAUUCUACACACCCCGAGAUACUCGCCAGAUUUUCUUGCCACGAUCGGCCGUGGAUCGGAUAACCCUCGAAGCCAAGAAACAUGCAGGCGACACCUUCAUCACCGAAGGCGACGCCAUCUCAGCCUGGGUCGUCAAGGCCAUCACCUCUGCUGAGCCCGAGCCACACCCCGUGACGGUAAUGCACCUGGUCAACGGCCGGGGAAGGCUUUCGUGUCUUGCCGGCAGCGGAGGCAUCUAUCUUCAGAACAUUGUCAGCACGGCCUUCUGCCACCUCCCCCCCCAGGUCUCGAGCGCAUCCACGGGAGAGAUUGCCGUCGAGAGCAGGCGGCAAAUUAUGGAGCAGUCGUCGGAACAGCAAAUGACGCUCCUCCUGAGGCGCGUGCGAGAGAGCUUACGGAGCAAAAAGCGCGCAAAGCUCGAGUUUCUGGAGACGCCGCACUCGCGCGUCAUCUUUACCAACAACCUGACAAAGGCGGCGUACGUGCAGACGGCAGACUUUAGCCCAGCCGUCAUUCGCCGCGGCCAAGAUGACGCACGGAGGCAAAAUCCCACCGGGACCAUGGUGAACUACUUGCAUCUGGUUGUUAAAGGUCAUAUCAGGGCGACUGAUAAUUUUUACGUGAUUGGCAAAGACCAUGGUGAUAACUACUGGCUCAUGGCGACCGUGUCGGACAAGGCCUGGGUAAAGUUUGAUGAGUCGCUGGCACGUCUCCGGUCAGAUUCCUAG